AUGAGGAUCAGAGGUACUGGAGAAGGUACCAGAGAUCGGAGGUGGAGGUGGACUGGAGGUAUACUGGAGGGUAUGGCAGAGGUGGAGGCAGAGGAAGAACCAGAGGACCAAUCAACCCCCGAUCCCAAAACAACAAUCAGAGUCCCAGCCACACCAGCCCCAGGCCCAGUUGAAACACCCAACGACACCAUGACCGACUUUAAUGUCUGCCCACUCCCAGAGGGCUUCGACCACUGGAUCCUAGGCUUCAACAGCAUGCACCUCCACCUAAACAUCUCAAAAGGAGCCAUUGAUGCAUGGGAAGAUGCCAUAAACUGUGCCAUAAUCAUAAUCCCAAUCAUCAUGGCAUUCUCCAGGGCCAAGAUGGGCGAAGCCAAAGACUAUGCCACCACCUUCAUCAGCCAUGCCUUCCCAGCAUCAGCAAACACUCUCUGUGCUAUCCCAGCAGCCAAUGAAAUAGAGGAAUGCAGUGACAACCCCCUGCCAUGGGGUGGCAUAAUGAUCAAAGGUCUGACUGAAGGGUUGCUUACUUGUUUGGGGAUGGUAAUGUUCCGUUCCCCCAUUCGCCUCAGGCCUCAGUAG